AUGGCGUCUCUCCUCAAGGCGUCCGAGAAGAUCCAGGCCGACCGUGCCAUCAAGGGCAACAAGGGCAAGAAGCGUGCCGCCGAGGACGAGGCUGGCCCUUCUUCGUCUGCCGUCGAGAAGAAGCGCAAGGACAAGGUCCUCAUGCUUUCCAGCCGUGGUAUUACUGGCCGUAUGCGUCACUUGAUGCUCGACCUUGAGAGCCUGCUGCCUCAUGUUAAGAAGGACUCCAAGCUCGACUCCAAGUCCUCCCUCCACCUCCUCAACGAGCUCGCCGACCUGCACUCGUGUUCGAACGCCCUCUACUUUGAGGCGCGCAGGCACGAGGAUCUGUACAUGUGGGCUUCGCGCACUCCCAACGGCCCCUCGGUCAAGUGCCACGUGCAGAACAUUCACACCAUGGACGAGCUCAAGAUGACCGGAAACUGCCUCAAGGGCUCGCGUGGUAUCUGCGUGUUUGACGGCGAGUGGGAGCAGAACGAGGAGUACAAGCUCUUGAAGGAGAUGUUCUCGCAUAUCUUCUCGGUCCCCCGCACUUCGCGCCGACUCAAGCCCUUCAUCGACCACAUCCUCGUCUUCUCCAUCCUCGACGGCCGUAUCUGGUUCCGCAACUACCAGAUCAUCGACAAGGACCCUCUCCAACCUCAGGGCGCUCCUCAGACCUCGCUGGUCGAGAUUGGUCCCCGUUUCGUCCUCACCCCCAUCCGUAUCUUUGAGGGUUCGUUUGGUGGCCCCACCGUGUUUGCCAACCAGGAGUUUGUCACUCCUGCUGCUACCCGUGCGAGCGUCAAGCGCGAGGCCGGUGACAAGUACCGCCAGCGCAAGGAGAUUGAGGUCGAGCGUGAGGAGAGGGCCAAGCGUAUGCGCGAGGACGUGCCCGAGGACGAGCUGGCGAGGGACAAGGUGUUUGCUUAG